UCUCACAGCUUCUUUCCACCUGCUUUACUAUCUCUUUUUUCCCAGUUUCCAGUGCUUCAGCUUUUGUUUUCUUACUUCUUUUUCUUUUUUGGAGUUUCUUGUGUGCUCCUAAAGUCCAACUGUUAUUGACUAUAUAUAUAUCUUCUUUUUUUUUCUCACUAUCUCUUUGGUUAGUUUUCUUGUUUGUUUAUGUUUCCUUAUCAUUGACAGCUCCUUUGUGCACUUUACUUGUAAGAUUUGAUGUGUAUUGGUUUACAAGGUUGUUCUUUUUUUUGUGUUCACCUGUUUUUGCAAGUGGGUUUUUAUUCCUUUGUUGUUUCUUUAUGUCAUAUAUAUGCUUUUAGCUUUGCUCAUCACUUAGGGCUCAUCAUUAAUGUCCUGUUCAUAUAUAUAUAUAUUCUCCUUUUUUGGUGGUAACUCUCUCUAUAAGAACUAAAGUUUGAAUCUGUAGAGUAUUUGGUAUUUUUCUAGUGGAGUUGGAGGCUGGAGGUCAGCAGCUUAUACAUGACAUAAAUAGCAUCAUGUCGCUAAUUUUUGUUACUGUUCCAUGCUUGUUGGUAACCAGUGUUUAUGGUUUAUUCUAUGUUGGAUAUAUACUAUUGAUUGAUCUUAUUGUUAUUUUAAAAUCUAAUGUCCUUCCUCCCUUGGUUCUUAAUUGGAUAGACUAAAGAUGAUUGGUGCCUUUACCAGCUACCAUAUGGCAAAGAGUUGGUGCUUACCUGUCCAUUUAACCAAAGAAUGGAAAGUGAUAAUAACAAAAAAGAGUUUUUGUAACAAAAACAAAUAUUUUACCAAUUGAUUUUACAGCUGGGAGUUCAAGUGCAUCUGUUAUGUUUGCUGCAUGAACUUUUUAAGGCAGAAUGUCAGGACUCAAUUUUCUUAGCUUUUCCUUUUGAUGUUGAUGUUCAUCGAGGCAGGAUUUUGUUCCUGAAAUGAUGAUUUACAAUGGAAAGGUUUCUUGUUUGAUCAAAAUCAAACACUAUAAGGAGAUCGUAAUUAACAAGACUAACAAUGGUAAAAAUAGUACCCACCCCAUUAAGAUGAUCCAUUGUAUAGGACCUGUUUUGCAGAUUCUACAAUUGAUUGCAAGUAACCGGUUGUAUAAACUAUGAGUAUGUAUGUAUAGGAAUUCUGUAAUUUUUUGCUAAAGUUGGCCUCUUGGUGCACCCAUUUUUUCAAUUAAUUAAUAACCUUGUUUUGGCUGCUGGCCUGAGUCCUGUAGCAUCCUUAUUCGUUUCAUGAAUUGCUGUACAUACCCUUUAUCAUAGGUAUGUUAAGCAUUUCCUAGGGAAAAUGCAAACGUUAGGCACUGUGAUGGGUUUUAUUCAACAUAUUUUGUUUCUGAUUGUAGGAUCAAGCCAUAUGAAUGCUGGUUGUUGAAUAGGAUAAUGGCCUGCACAUUAGGGACUUUUCUUGAUAUAAAUUGUCAUUUGUUUGGAUAUGUUGGCAUUAUUGCUGAUGUGGUCCUGUUUUGAGAUGGGUCUUUCUUUAGUGGUCCUCUCUUGAUGUUUUCAAAACAUACUGAGACAUAUCCGUGAUAUGCUUUGCAUUUCUGUCAUAAAGAUCUAUUCUGAGGAUAGCAUGGCAUUCUCCUUCUGUAUGUUUUGAAACACAUGAAGGGUAAUCAACUCUAGGUGUUUGUUUUGUAUUUGUUGAUGAAUUAAUCGCUUCUGGGGUGAAUACUAAAGCACUAAGCUAGUAUGGGACCCUCAACAACUGGCUAGCAAAAGAACAAGGGAAAUUAACACAAUUAUUGUUUUUUCGUCUAUUUGUUGAAGGGAUGCCAAAAGCCCUAUGUGACAUCUACUUCAACCCAUUACUGAACUGGUGGUUUCACAUGUAUCUGGACGAAAACAAGUCAUUGAUUUUGAAGAUUGUUGAGAGCCAGAAUUCAGGGAAACUCAGUGAGUGUGCAGAGAACCAAGCAAGACUGCAACAAAAUCUCAUGUACUUGGCUGCAAUUGCUGAUUGUCAGCCCCAACCACCUACCAUGCAUGCCCAGUUCCCUUCCAGCGGCAUUAUGCAGCCAGGAGCACAUUACAUGCAGCAUCAACAAGCUCAACAGAUGACACCACAAGCCCUUAUGGCUGCACGCUCUUCUAUGCUGCAGUAUGCUCAACAGCCAUUCUCAGCGCUUCAACAACAGCAAGCCUUACACAGCCAGCUCGGCAUGAGCUCUGGUGGAAGCGCAGGACUUCAUAUGAUGCAAAGCGAGGCUAACACUGCAGGAGGCAGUGGAGCUCUUGGUGCUGGACGAUUUCCUGAUUUUGGCAUGGAUGCCUCCAGUAGAGGAAUCGCAAGUGGGAGCAAGCAAGAUAUUCGGAGUGCAGGGUCUAGUGAAGGGCGAGGAGGAAGCUCUGGAGGCCAGGGUGGUGAUGGAGGUGAAACCCUUUACUUGAAAUCUGCUGAUGAUGGGAACUGAGAGGUUAGAAAUGGUGAACCUACUGGUUUGUUAACACACAAACUUUAGCAAAGUUUAGUCAGGAAGUUGAUCUAGAAAUAGAAAAGCAGAGAGGACUUGUUGCCUGGAAAACUUGUAUGUUGCAAAAACAUGUUGAAGACUUGCCACAAACCUUUCUCUGGCAUGUUUUGAAGUCGCUAAGACACUUACGAUGAAUCUUGUGCUAGUGUAUCACUGUAAAUUUCUAGGCUAUGUUUUGGUGUGCGUUA